AUUAACCAGCAACAGCAAGGAUGAUAUCCGAUCUGGAGUUUCUCAACGAAAUGACAGCGUUGUUGGAGACGGAAAAUCACGUCUCCGUCUCCGAGGCCACACCACGCACUCCCAUCGAAGUCAACUUCCAGCAAAGCUGGGCAACCAUCUCGACUCAGCACGAUCAUGUUAAAAUCGACAAUAAUGAGGGCGAAAAACCGUCUACCAGGAAGAGCAAGCGUCACAGUAAAAAUCCUGAUCCCCGACGUAAAAAGUAUCGCCUGAAGGCAAAAAGUCAACUUGACGAGCUGCGUCAAACAGCCGACGAGUUUUCCACAAAACUACAGGAGCUACUAGAUGCAAGAAAUGGAGCUCACACAACGGCACGGACGGAUCUGGUGCUUUCCACGACAUUCUGGAAGCAAAUCGCAACGCAACAGCACGAGCAGCGUCUUCUUGCUGAAGCAGAACGCAAGAAUCUCUUGGCGAUUGUCAACUCGCAGGGCUCGUACAUCGAGAGCAUGAGGAACGUACCUCAUGCAUACGCUGAGGUGUCUUCCGCUCUUGCUCUCGUCGCACCAAAUCGUGACUCUUUAUGUGGUGUUGCUACGAUCCACGACACAAUUGAUGAUCUUAAGUGGCUUCGAUUGAAGUCGUCCGUGGCGUCGGUGUAUACGACAUACCUGCAGGAGGUGGGCAUCAGUUAUGCUCGCAUCGACCAGGUCUUCCGAGAUGCUGAGAUGGAAUGCUUACCCAUAGGAAAGGUCGAUGGAUGCUACAAAUACAAGCCAACCGGGGAGCUCAAGUACUUCCAGCACCGAAAUCGACUACUGCAACCCUUUGGCUUUCAAGCCGCGUGUCUGACCAUGUGGGAAUUAUCGACGGUUGCACAUCGACAAAACGAUCGAUACGUUUAUUGUGACGUAUCCGACCCGGAGAAUACCAAAGCUGUCCAAUUCCGCCUACGAAAGACACUGGCCAAUGGCUCGCCUGUUUCGAUCUUGAAGCACGUUGUGUCUCGUCGGUUUACUGAAAAAGACCGCGUAGUGAUUGUAUGGAAAGUGUUCUCCGAGGGCGAGGGAAUCUUCAGCGGGAUGGAUACGGACGAAACCGCGUGGGUCUCUAUCCGCCCGCUAAACGAUGGAUCAAAGAAAACGACAUUGAUGGAGUUCUGUUCUCGGCAGGUUCCAGUUCCCUAUCUCACGGCAAACGCUCAUGACCCGGCAGUCAAGGAAUUUCAGAAGAUGAUGGAGGAUGCGGUCGCAGAAGACGCUCAAAUUGUUGCGAGCAAGUUGCAAAAAGCUUCUCAGCGAGCCCUGUACAUACCGUGGCACUUAAGUAGCGUGGUAAAAAGUCAGAGGACCGAAAUAACCGAGGAAAACGUUUCCUGAUUAAUGUGGGUAACGUUGAGUUUAUUAGGAGAUCGUAGUCGUCUUCAUUUUGCUCUUUGGCG